AGAACGGAUACCCGAGCGCACCACGCACCACUGGAGCCAACGUUGACUGGAGCGCACCACAAGUUUGCAAUGGCAGACGGAUUCAGCGGUGUGCUGCGAAUUACCGAUUUAAACGACUUUAUAACUCCUUCUCAAGAGUGUAUCAAGCCGGUGAAAGUCGAGAAAAGUUCUAGCAAGCUUGGUUCAAUCAAGAUCGCCGAGGAUGGCUCGUAUCUGCAAGUCGAUGAGACUGGAAAAGCAUCGAAGCUUGCGAAAGCCCAAAUAACGCUGAACGACUGCCUGGCCUGCAGCGGCUGUAUCACGUCCGCCGAGACUGUGCUGAUCACGCAACAGAGCUCCGAGGAACUCUUCAAAGUUUUGAGGGCCAACUCUGAACUUCCGGUGGAACAACGCCAGCUGAUAGUUGUCAGCAUAGCCCCUCAAGUCUAUGCGUCGUUUUCCGGCAAGUACGACGUCGCCUAUGACGAAGCUGCUGCGAGGCUCACCGGCUUCUUUAAGCGCUUGGGAGCACACCACGUCUUGGACACGACGUUUGCGAGGGAGUUCACGCUGGUCGAGAUGCUGCACGACUUCUUGGAGCGAUACCGGAGAAAAGAGUCGGAUCCGUCUGCACUUCCGCUGCUAACGUCUGCCUGUCCGGGUUUUGUGUGCUACGCAGAGAAGACGCACGGCGACUUCAUCUUGCCCUACAUCAGUCGAGCAAGGUCGCCUCAGCAGGUCAUGGGGUCGCUGGUCAAAAAGUACCUUGCCUCCAAGAUCAGCAGGACACCCGAUCAGAUCUAUCACGUGAGCGUGAUGCCAUGCUACGACAAAAAGCUGGAGGCAUCGCGGGGCGACUUUUACGACGAGAUCUACAGCACGAGGGACGUCGAUUGCGUCAUCACGUCAAUCGAAGUGGAGUCCAUGCUUGAACGAGAGGCAACCAGCUUUGGAGAGCUCGAACCAUCCCCAUUGGACACCCUGUUCAGCUGCAGGGUCGACGGAAAGUCCUAUCGUCACGCCGGUUCGGGUUCCGGGGGCUACUGCGAGCACGUCUUCGUGCAGGCCGCAAGGUCGCUUUUUAACCAUCGGGCUGAAGAAUUGACCUUCAAAACUCUCAGGAACCAAGAUCUGAAGGAGGUGACGCUGGAGUGCGGCGGCGAAACGGUGCUGAGGUUUGCCAUUGCCAACGGGUUCCGCAACAUCCAGAACGUCGUGCAGAAGCUGAAGAGGGGACGCUGUCCGUACCACUUCGUCGAGAUCAUGGCUUGCCCCGCUGGCUGUCUGAAUGGCGGUGCCCAAUUGAGACCACAAGACGGUGACAGCAAAUCAUUGCUGAAGCGCGUCGAAGAAGCUUACCACAGCCUUCAAGUCAGAGCGCCAUCUAUGAACAAGGAAGUUUUGGAAGCCUACCGCGACUGGCUACAGCUUGAGGGCCCUGACGACACAAUUGGUGGAGACAGGCAGCCAAUCAGGACCGGCUACCAUGCAGUGGAGAAGAUGACAAGUGCCCUCAACAUCAGAUGGUGAUGGCUCUGUUCUGGAAUCUGUGGAAGUUUUGCAUCACUUGGCAACAUUGAAGGAAUACUGUUUGGUGCUAUCAACUGUACAGGACUUGAUGGACAUAUUAAAAGUGAAAUAUAGAAUGUA